UCGUUUCUGGUUCGGACGAUAUGACAGUCCGGCUGUGGGAUGCAGUAGCUGGGAAGCCUAUUGGAGAGCUCUUGGAGGGACACACUGACAUGGUUUGGUCGGUCUCAUUCUCACCAGGUGGAAGUCGCAUUGUAACUGGUUCAGAAGAUAAGACUAUCCGGCUGUGGGAUGUAGCAACAGGGCAGCCAGUCGGUCAGCCCUUGCGGGGGCACACUGCGGGGGUCAACUCAGUCUUUGUCUCGCGGGAUGAGACUCGCAUCAUUUCUUCUUCGUGGGAUGGAAGUGUCCGAGUGUGGUACGCUGUGAUUGGAAAGUCGCUGCAAAAGCAUGCCGAAGAAGACUGUUCAGCAUUUCCCCCGCACGGCAGUUACAUUCCAGAUCCAACAGCGGCCAUCCCCACAUCUAACACUGCAAACGAUGCCUUCAUUUCCUACUCAUCAAAUCUUACUCAUUCACUGCGCGACACCGCUGAGCUACUCACGGGCACCUCCUAUGACGACCACACAUUUGUGCUCCGAGAAGAUGGAUGGAUAAUGGGACCCAAUCGUCGGCUCUUAUUCUGGGUACCACCCGCUUCUCAAAAGGCACUCAGAUAUAAUCCUCGGACCACAUUUGCGAUACCCAGAGGUGUUGAGCUUGAUUUAAGUCGCAUGGCACAUGGCACACACUGGCAGGACUGCUACAAGGACUCUUCAUUACGAUAGCCUCGUCCCGGUCAACUAUUUGGCGGAGAUGCCAGAGACACUGUGGCAUACGAUAUGGAAUGUACAGUUAGUAAUCUAUCAUUUGUUAUAUAUGUGCGUAGCGCUGCAUUCGAGCUCGGGGUCGUUCGAGCGAACGAUGUGUUAGGAAGAUGAUUGGGUGUCAGAUUUUCGAAAGCAUAGAAGAUUAUAGAGCAACGAAAAG